UCCAAAAAUUGAUGUGAAGAAAGGUUUGUCAUCAAGAGGAGAGAGCAUAUACCACUGAUGGAUUCAGUCCAGUCGUUCAAGGGCUACGGCAAAGUCGAUGAGACGGACGAUCGCGCGUUACGGCGAAAGUUGUCAUGGCAGCGCUUCUUCAUCGCAGUCUGUUCCAUCAUCCUGAUUGCGGCAGUAGUCACCAUUGCCAUUGGGAUUUCGCUUCGGAAGAAGCAUGGCGGCUCCGGCUCGACUUCUGCGUUGUCUGGGAUGACUCCUUCCGCUUCAAUCAAAGCGGUCUGCAACGUCACCCUGUAUCCGGACUCAUGCUUCUCCAGCAUUUCCAAGGAUAAGAACUCCAACACCACUGACCCCGUGGAGAUCUUCAAGAUCUCAUUACUUGUAGCCAUGCGGGAGCUCGUCGGUGUAGACGAUCACAGCAACGAGCUCCUCAGCCAAGUGAACGACACUCUAGAGCUUUCGACUCUAGGGGUCUGCCAAGAGGUCCUUGCGGAUGCUGUCAAUGCGCUCAACGAGUCAAUUUCUAUUGCGGACGUAAAAGGAGGUGAGAUCAUAUCUGCAAAGAAGAUCGGUGACCUUAGGACUUGGCUCAGCACCGUAGUCUCCAACCAAGAGACUUGCUUGGACUCGCUAGAGGACGCCAACUCGACGCAUCUUGAUGACAUGAAGUUGGCCAUGACGAACUCCACAGAAUAUUCCAGCAACAGUCUAGCCAUUGUCACGAAGAUCAUGGGUUUGCUGUCGAAGUUCCACAUUCCGAUGCACAGGAGGUUGCUCAGGUUUGGUGUCAGCGAUGACCCGGAGUUCCCAACUUGGCUCAGCCCAGCUGAUAGGAGGCUUCUUCAAGAGACAAACCCAACGCCUCACCUAGUUGUAGCACAAGAUGGGACUGGAAAUUAUACGACGAUAACGGAAGCCUUGGAAGCGGUUCCUGACAAGAGCUCGUCCAGGUCUGUGAUUUACGUGAAAGCGGGAACUUACGAAGACAACGUGAUUUUGACAAAAAACAAGUGGAAUGUGAUGAUUUAUGGAGAUGGCAUGACAGAAACUAUCGUCACCGGUAGCAAGAAUUUUGUUGAUGGCACUUCCACGCUCGCAACUGCAACCUUCACUGCCAAAGGUAAAGGCUUCAUUGCCAGAGAUAUGGGAUUCAUGAACACCGCUGGCCCCAAAAAGCACCAGGCGGUCGCGUUCCGUUCGGCAUCUGACCUAUCUGUGAUGUAUCGGUGCUAUUUCGAUGCCUACCAAGAUACUUUAUAUGCUCAUACGAAUCGUCAGUUCUACCGAGAGUGUGACAUCACAGGCACCGUUGACUUCAUUUUUGGAUAUGGAGUCGUGGUCAUCCAAAAUUGCAAUAUUCGUCCAAGGCAGCCCAUCGCGGGCCAGAUCAAUACCAUCACGGCGCAGGGAAGGUCCGACCCCAACUUGAAAAGCGGCAUCUCGAUCCAAGGUUGCACAAUAACUGCGAAUGGAAAUCUGACUGCUCAGACAUACCUUGGUAGGCCUUGGAAAGCUUAUUCAACCACGGUUUUCAUGCAGUCAAGCCUUGGAUCAUUCAUCAACCCGAAGGGAUGGACAGAAUGGGUCAGGAACGUGAUACCACCAAGUACGAUCUUCUAUGGAGAGUACCUGAACACUGGACCCGGGUCAGACACGAGCGGAAGGGUCACAUGGCCAGGUUACAAGCCUGCCCUUACGUCAGCUCUAGCAGGGUCUUUCACAGUUAAUUCAUUCAUCGAUGGCUCAACAUGGCUGCCACAGCUGAGCCUCCCAUUCGAUUCAUCACUGUGAUCAACAAUGAGUUCAUGAAUUGCAGCUUCGAGUUACAUGAGCCAUCCUAUUUUUUUUUUAAUGUUAUUCUUUUCUCGUACACGUUCAUAUAUUCACGGUUGCGUCAGAAAUUGUAAAAUCUCAUGAUAAAUUUGUCAAUUUUAAUUCAUUAUGCAAAUAUACAGCCCUCAGUGUUGCAUCUCAAUACAA